CUUCUUACGCAUCAAUAUGUGCCUAAGCACAUACACAUAGGGGUCGUGAGAGCUAGAAAGUGGUUUACUGCUUCAUCAUUGUGAGAAACAGAAGGAACAGAGCGCAGGGCUUUGGUAGGAGUCAAUGGUAAGCGCUCAUUGUGAGGAAGACGAGGGAGGAGGAAGCACGUACUGUGAGAGAGAGAAACCCCGAGGCACUUAGCACGUGGUUUUGCAGAUGGAGAGACACUUCUACGGAGCAGCCACCAACACGUGCUUUUCUGCGGUGAGACGCGACGGUUGAACACAGAAUGACACCCCCGAAAUCACCUGCAAUUUGCCCAAUAUGCGAAUAUCAAUUCAAUUAUCUGGGCAAACAUCUUGCAAACCAACACUCCAUCCUAAACAACCAGGAGAAAAUAAUUUUAAUUAAUUACGCCUCAGGGAGAGUCAAUGUCCGCCACUUGCCCUGUCCAGUCCAGGGAUGUGGGUAUUCCAGUACCAGGUUGGACAGGCAUUUGGAGACGGGCCACCCAGAGCUGGAUGAGGGAGAACUGAAAGAAAUCAUCAAAAAUAUUAAAAAACAAGUAUCGUUUGACAGCUUGAGGGCCCUCAGGGCUACCGACCCCAGCCCGCCUGUGAUCUCCAACCUGGACCUCGGCCAGGAUGAGGAUGAGCAGGUAAUGGACGUGUCUGAGCCCGUCGCUCCCUCCUGCUCCACAUGCAAAAAAAUAGCAGCGGAUAAUAGGGACCUUUGGAGGAAGCUGCGCAACAAGCGGCGGUGGAUAGAGAAAGCCAAGGCAAAAAUCAAUGCUUUGGAGGAGGCCCUCCAAAAGGCAACCGCUGGGGAGUCUGGAAAGGCGGAGCCGGGGCCGUCUGGACAACUCGAUCUCCCAGAAGAUGAGGAGUCAUCCUCAUCUUCUGAGGAGCCUCCAAAGAAGUGGACAACCAUAUCUGUUGUCUCAGAGGUUGAGAAAACCAUCGUCCGCUACGAGGAAAACGCCAGACGGCUGGAAAGCUGCUGGAGACCCCAGAUAAAGACCACCAGAAUCGACCUCCAGAAGCCACAUGUCUCCAUGGAGGAGGAAGCUUCUUCCAUCCAACAGCUCUGCAACCAGAGGAGAAGGUCCAGUCAUGACCAGGAGGAAGCAGAACCUCAGUGGUCUGAAGAAGAACAGAUGGAACCAGAACCUCCACUUAUUAAAGAAGAACACGUGGAGCCUGAGUCUUCAUGGGUUAAAGAGGAACAAAUAGAACCAGAAACACAGAUUGAAGAGCAAGAGAACCCAGAAUGUCCACGGAUUAAAGAAGAAAAGGAAAUAUGUGAUUCUUCAAGGCUCAAACAUGAACAGCAGGAUACAGAAAAUUUAGCAACUAGAAGGGAGCAGGAGGAUGUCUGAAGCAUUUUAUUGGAUGGAUUAAAGAAGAAAAUGAGGAACUAGAACCUCCACUGAUUAAACAAGAACAUGUAUAGCCUGAGUCUUUAUGGGUUACAGAGGAACAAAUCAAACCAAAACCACAGACUGUAGAGCAAACAAGCCCAGAACUUCCACUGAUUGAGGAAGAAAGGGAUUCUUCAAGGCUUAAAUGUAAAAAUCAGGAUCCUGAACAUUUACCAACUAGAAUGUAUCAGGAGUAUGUCUGCAGCAGUCAGGAGGGAGAGCAGCGUAUCCAGAAGCAGUCUGUUGCUCUAAUGGAGACCUUUACCCUUCAGGAACAUGAAGGAGAACCAAGAACUGAGCAGCUUUCCUUUCAUAUCUCUCCUGUAGUUCAGACCAAAGACCAGGAAGGAAGCAGCUCCAUUGGGUCAGAGAGUCAGUCUUUCACUGACACUAAGAAAAUGUCUUUAAGAUGUGAUGUUUGUGGAAAGUCUUGGAAGAAGAAAAGUCAUUACAAAACCCACAAAGGUGAGAAGCCUUUUUCCUGUCAGACAUAUGGAAAAAGUCUCAACUGGAUUAUUUAAAUGUUCACAAGAAAAUCCACACAGGUUAGAGGCUUUUUUUCAUAAGGAAUAUUUUGACAAAGCUUCACUUAAGGUGCCAGUUUGAAUCUCCACAUGGAGUGAAAACAAGAAGUUGGAUUUUUUUUUUUUUUUUUA